AUGCAGUUAUCAAUUCUUGCUGCAGCUACCUGUGUUGUGCAGUUGGCCAACUUUGCCUCAGCAGAGCCCACGGCUAAGGAAGUGGCGGCCAACUUAGAACUUUUUUGGUCUUACAAUAGGUCUGACCCUGUCUACCCUUCUCCGAAGAUUUCCGGAUUAGGUGACUGGGAGUUUGCGUACCUCAAGGCAGUAGAAAUUGUUUCGCAACUGACAAAUGAAGAAAAAGUCAACCUGACUGUCGGUUACUCUUCAGAACUCACGGGCUGCUCCGGUAUGAUCCAAAGUAUCCCAGAUCUAGGAUUUGAUGGAAUGUGCUUGCAGGAUGCCGGAAAUGGUGUUCGAGGAACAGACAUGGUCAGCUCUUAUGCCUCAGGCAUUCACGUCGGUGCAUCAUGGAACAAGCAGCUCGCAUAUGAUCGGGCUCUCUACAUGGGAGCAGAAUUCAGACGCAAGGGAGCUAAUGUUAUCCUCGGUCCAGUUGUGGGACCUCUUGGUAGGGUUGCGACAAGUGGACGUAACUGGGAAGGAUUCUCUAGUGAUCCUUACCUCACCGGAUCUUUGGCUUAUGAGACAGUUGUUGGACUGCAGAAGAAUGUCGUUGCAUGCGUCAAACACUAUAUCGGCAACGAGCAAGAAACCAACAGAAGUCCACCUGGGUCGUACGGAGGGACAAGUGCGACAAAGUACAAUGCAUCUGUGUCCGCAAACAUCGAUGACAAAACUAUGCACGAAGCAUAUCUAUGGCCUUUCCAAGAUUCUGUCCAUGCCGGCGCUGGCUCCAUAAUGGGUUCCUACAACCGCGUGAACAACAGUUAUGCUUGUCAAAAUAGUAAGGCCUUGAAUGGCCUUCUGAAAACGGAGCUGGGGUUCCAAGGUUUUGUCGUUUCUGAUUGGGGCGGACAGCAUACUGGCAUUGCAAGUGCCAACGCUGGUCUUGAUAUGGCUAUGCCAAGCUCUAGUUAUUGGGAAAGCGGCCACCUGGUUGAAGCUGUUAACAACGGCUCAGUAUCCCAAGACCGUCUUGACGAUAUGGCAACUCGCGUUAUUGCAGCAUGGUACAAGUAUGCCAGAUUGGAUGAUCCAGGAAAUGGCAUGCCUUCAAAUGUUCUUGAGGCUCACGAUCUUGUUGACGCACGCGACCCCGCAUCUAAGAACACCAUCUUCCAAGGUGCUGUUGAAGGGCACGUGCUGGUUAAAAAUGUCGAUAACGCUCUUCCUCUCAAAAAACCAAAGCUCAUAUCACUAUAUGGUUACGACGGCAUUGCUACAGAUACGGAGAUCCAGGGUGCUUCUUCAGGUUUCGGCGGUUUUGGUGGCGAUGUAGCGGCGAUUUCCAACGGAACUCUCUAUACAGGAGGCGGAUCAGGUUCCAACACUCCCUCAUAUAUUGAUGCUCCUUUUAACGCCUUCUCCCAGAAAGCCUGGGAGGAUGGUUCGUUUUUAUCUUGGGACUUUGCUUCAGCGGAGCCCAACGUCAAUGCCGAAUCAGACGUGUGCAUAGUUUUCAUUAAUGCUUAUGCAACUGAAGGCUCUGACAGACCCAACCUGGCAGACAAAUAUUCUGAUAACCUGGUUGAAAGUGUUGCCGACCAGUGUGCAAACACCAUGGUUGUCAUCCACAAUGCUGGAAUCCGUUUAGUUGACAACUGGAUUGAUCAUGAAAAUAUCACUGCAGUCAUCAUGGCUCAUCUCCCUGGCCAGGACGCUGGUCGGUCACUGGUUGAGGUUAUGUACGGAAAACAAUCACCAUCGGGGCGUCUUCCAUACACCGUGGCCAAGAAAGAAUCUGAUUAUGGAACACUUCUUGACCCAACUACUCCUGAAGGCAAUGUCGACCUAUACUACUCACAGUCUAACUUCACUGAGGGUGUGUACAUUGACUACAAGGCUUUCAUCAAGAGCAACAUCACUCCACGCUAUGAAUUCGGCUUCGGUUUAACUUACACCACCUUCGAAUACACAGACUUGGAUCUUCAGACUGCAAGCGCUAAUCAAAGUUAUCUUCCACCAGAUUGCACCAUCGCUGAGGGCGGACCUGUCUCUUUGUGGGAUGUUUUGGCAACUGCCAAGGUUACUGUCACCAACACAGGGGAAGUAGCUGCUGCUGAAGUUGCUCAGCUCUAUGUUGGAAUUCCAAACGGACCUCCAAAGGUACUGAGAGGAUACGGCAAGCAAACUAUCCAACCGGGUCAGUCUGCUGAGUACGUUUUUGAUCUCACUCGCCGUGAUCUCAGUACUUGGGAUACCGUCACUCAGAACUGGGUUUUGCAAGCUGGUUCGUACCCAGUAUACGUUGGCAAAAGUGUCUUGGAUAUCCAAAUAGGUGGGGCACUGACCUUCACCAAUUAA